AUGCAGCAACCGGGGGGCCGGCGCCAUGGAAGGCGUCUGCUGUUUGAUCGGCGCUAUGGGUGGGUGUAAGUACCUCUUCCUCUUCCGAAGAUGGUGGUCUUUCUGAGGAAACGAGGGGUUCCAAGCGAGUGUUUCUCUGUGUCAUCCGGGGCGCCGACAUUGAAACCUCCGAAACCUUCAGUGUUACUGACUCGAGUUAUGUUUUUCUGUGUGCUGAGGUGCUGUGUUUUUUUUUUGUUUGAUCUUUUGGUCAGGGUCGAUGAAUGGAGGGAACCUUCGGGGGAGGCUUUGGCCGGCGGGAGGGGCAUGUCGGUGCUCUUCUUCCCUUCCCGCAUCUUCCUCAUCUUUAUAAAGUUAUGUCCGAAUGUUUUGAUUGUAGCUAAGUUUCAGGUUCUGUAUCUUGCCUAUCGUUAAAGCCCUGGUUGAGGUUGCUUCACAUUCGGUGAGAACCUUGUUCAGUACCAGUAUCUAUGUCUCUAUUUAUUGGCAUAGAUACUAUUAUUUAUUUAUUUAUUUAUUUAUUUUAACUAGCGAUAUCUGAAUUCAUCUCAAGUUCCUGUCCGUACGAUGACCAUGGUUUGGAUACUGCUGUUGGUCUGCAUUUCAUUGAUGCGUCGGAGAGUUCUUUUGCAACUGUUUCAGCUCUGAGAUCGUCUUUUAUUGACUCAUUUUGACAAUUAUGUGCUAAUUUUGUGGGUUUUGAAGAUGAAUAUUUGCUCUUGUGAGUUUGCAUCAUUUAUAGAAAAAAUACACGAAAGUAGAGUGAAAAUGAAUGGUUAAGUGGCAAGAAAUGAGGAAUCAGUAACGCAUCAGGACAUCCACAGAUGUCAGAUUCCCAUCCUCAUCUUUGUAUGGGUCGUUGGUAAUCUCUAUGUUCCUGAUGAAAUCUAAAUAAUUUCUUGGAUGCCCAUUAAUUUAUUUUCUGGGCACGAAAAAAAAAGAGUCAGGUAAAUAACCUUCUUAUUUUAGUAUAAUUUUUCUGCUCAUUAUCCGAAUAGAAAAAUUAUUUCAGUGGCUGCUCAUUAACCUUCUUUCUCGUGGUUUUGUGGAAUAUGUUCUUAUUUUAUUACUCCUGUAAAAAAAUAAUAUCAUCGAUUUUUUUCCGCUCAUCAAAACCCAAAUAAUUAAGUUUUUCCCUGCAUUUUUGCGAUAUUAUUUUCCUUUUUGGCGAGGUAGAUUCCCCUGUUCUUAGUGACAAGUAUCAUAGGGAGCUUUCGUAGUGAUGUAGAUGGAAGGACCAAGCUGGUGUGGUAGGAGUGAAAGACUGAACUAGGCUCAUCAAGGAGAGUUAGCUCACAGAACCAGAGGUUCAGAGGUUUCAGUGGAUUCUCAAGCGAAAAGAGCCAAAACUUUCUUGUCUUGUGGUUGCAUCACCGAGGUUUGAUGAUCUUGCAGCUCAUGUGGGUCCAUUAAUUUUAAAAAGGCUAGUUAAUAAAUCCAGCUAUUUUUUUUUCUGAUUUUUUUUGGGCCCUUUGUGGAAUGGUGUCUUGUUUCGUUUAUAUUUGGAUCCUCCCCGUUGACCAUGGUUUGUGUUAAUUACAUCAUUUUGGAUUAAUCUCAUCAGCCUCUACAAAAAAAAAAAGAAUUCAGUCAUUUGCCACUGUGAUCUUACGUUUUGGGUUUAUUUUGAUUUGGAUCCUCCCCGUUGACUACAGUCGGUGUUACUCUUUUUAACAGCAGAGCACCCUUUAUCAAUGGAUAAACUUCCCCAAAUGGGUAAUUCUGUCAUUGAUCACUGUUUCCCCCAUAACAUGUUGUCGCAGAGGGAGCAGAGAGAGAGAGAGAGAGAGAGAGAGAGAGAGAGAGAGAGAGAGAGAGAUGGCCACACUUGGGCCGGCCUGUGCUUCAUCAGUGUGAUUCUGAUCAUUCACAUUUCACUCGCUUUGUAGGUUGACUUGGUGGCGGGCUCCGUACUCAAAGCCCUGGAAGAGCGAGGCGCAGUAGUCAAACCCUUGAAGCCCAGUCAACCGUCCGAGGACCCAACGGAGGAGCAUCUUCAGAGGCCGACCAACUUGAUGAUCUCUCAGAGCAUCACCUGGCCGCGAUGACGACUGUGAACUACUCUGCCUUGUUCAUGAUCCGAGCGUGUCUGUGCCCCACAUAGAUUGAUCCGAAGGACCCGAUGCCUUCCUAUUUUCUUCCAUAAUUUUCUUUGGAAAUGAUGAGCGCAGGGUUUCUUCAGUAACAGUCAACGAGAGAGAGAGAGAGAGAGAGAGAGAGAGAGAGAGAGACGGGUAUUUAUGUUUUUCCAAAUAUGAAAUUUUGA